CAUCAAGUCCUGUCUGACGUGUCUAGUUUCCUUUUGUGAAACUCAUCUUAAACCUCACUAUGAAGUUCCUGGACUGAAAAAGCACAAGCUGGUCAAAGCCUCCUCACAGCUACAGGAGAAGAUCUGCUCUCAGCACAAUGAAGUGAUCAAGAUCUACUGUCGUACUGACCGAAGCUGCAUCUGCUAUUUAUGUAUGAUGGAGGAACACAGAGGCCACGAUACAGUCUCAGCUGCAACAGAGAGAACCGAGAAACAGAAUCAGCUGAAGGAGAUUCAGAGUAAAUUCCAGCAGAGAAUCCAGGAGAAACAGAAGGAGCAGCAGGAGCUGAAACAGGCUGUGAAGACUCUUAAGCGCUAUGCUCAGUCAGCAGUGGAGGACAGUGAGAGGAUCUUUACUGAACUGAUCCGCUCCAUUGAGAAAAAGCGCUCUGAGGCAACAGAGCUGAUCAGAGCUCAGGAGGAGGCUGAACUGAGUGGAGCUGAAGAACUCCUGGAGAAACUGGAGCAGGAGAUCGCUGAUCUACAGAGGAGAAGCACUGAGCUGGAGCAGCUUUCACACACAGAGGAUCACAUCCAUUUCCUCCAGAGUUUCCAGUCUCUCUGUGUCUCUUCUGGAUCUGAGGACUCACCCAGCAUCACUGUCCAUCAGCACCUCUCAUUUGAUGGAGUGAGGAGAUCUGUCUCUGAGCUGAAGGAGCGACUAGAGGAGCUCUGCAGAGAGGAGUUCAGUAAAAUCCCUCCUCAUGCUGCAGCAGUUCAGAUUUUAUCCUCAGAACCAAAAACCAGAGAAGAUUUUCUGCAGUAUUUCUGUCAGCUGACUCUGGAUCCUAACACAGCAAAUCCUUACCUCAUUCUGUCUGAGAAGAACAGAGUGGUGACGUACAGUUAUAAAGUCCAGUCAUACUCUGACCAUCCAGAGAGAUUUUACUGGUACUCUCAGGUGUUGUGUAAGGAGAGUGUGAGUGGACGCUGUUACUGGGAGGUUGAGUGGAGGAGCAGUGGAGGAGGGUCUGUGCGCAUAUCAGUCUCAUAUAAAGGGAUCAGCAGGAAAGGACGGGGUAAUGAUUGUGUGUUUGGAUGCAACAGUCAGUCCUGGAGUCUGCGGUGUUCACCCUCUCUCAGUUUCUGGCACAACAACACUCAGACUGAGAUCUCAGGACCAUCAUCCUCCAGAAUAGGAGUGUAUGUGGAUCACAGUGCAGGAACUCUGUCCUUCUACAGCGUCUCUGACACAAUGACCCUCCUACACACAGUCCACACCACUUUCACUCAGCCGCUCUAUGCCGGGUUCUGGGUUUGGGGUGUUGGAUCAUCUGUGAGAUUAUGUGAUAAAUAA